CGGGGAGGACGUCGCGCUCGGCUCCUCCGCCCGCCCACUCGGGCUGCCCCCACUUUGGGAGUAAUUGAGACUUGAGCGUGACUGCGGAGCCGCGAGGAUGCGGGCGCCGGGCGCGGGCGUCCCCGCCGGCCCGAGUGAUGGAGUGGGUCGGUGAGCCGAACAAAGGCGCCCGCCCCGGGGACUCGGUCCUUGGCUGAAGACCGCCGGCCGCGUGCCGCGACGACCGCCCGCCCACUAGGGUGGUGGCUGUGCGGCCCGGGGAGCGGCGCGCUCCUCCGCGGGGCGGGUGGCGAACCCAGAGGCGGGCACCUGCGCGCCGCUCCCGCCCCAGCCCCGGGGCGACCCGCCUGCUGGCCCGCAGGUCCCAGAGGUCCGUUGAGCUCACGGCCGGCGGCCGGGCUCCAGCGGCGAGCCACUUGCCGGUGCAGAGACCCCCAGCCCUUCGUCCGAAGCCGCACGCCGUGGACUGAGGAGCACUUGUGCAGAGCCCGGGCUCGAGCGAGCGGUCCCCCCGCGCCCCAGACCUUUCCGUCCUCCUCGCCGUCUCCGCCGCCCGCGCACCCGCGCGCUGGGCCGGGCUCCCCGCCGGCCGCCCGGAGAGUGAGGCUCGCACAGCCCCCGGGUGCCCCGCGUGUCGCCGGAGCCCGAGGGGCGCGGGUCCGGGGCUGGGGCCGGCCGGGCGUGUUUGAUGGCUUCACUGAGAAGAGUCAAAGUGCUGCUGGUGUUGAACUUGAUUGCGGUGGCCGGCUUCGUGAUCUUCCUGGCCAAGUGCCGGCCCAUCGCCGUGCGCAGCGGAGACACCUUCCACGAGAUUCGGCCGCGCGCCGAGCCGGCCAACCUCAGCGCGCACAGCGCCAGCCCCAUCCAGGAUGCGGUGCUGAAGCGCCUCUCGCUGCUGGAGGACAUCGUCUACCGGCAGCUGAAUGGCUUGUCCAAAUCCCUUGGACUCAUUGAAGGUUACGGUGGACGGGGCAAAGGGGGCCUUCCUGCUACCCUUUCCCCAGAGGAAGAGGAGAAAGCCAAGGGGCCCCAUGAGAAGUAUGGCUACAACUCCUACCUCAGCGAGAAAAUCUCACUGGAUCGCUCCAUCCCGGAUUAUCGGCCCACCAAGUGUAAGGAGCUGAAGUACUCCAAGGAGCUGCCCCAGAUAUCCAUCAUCUUCAUCUUCGUCAACGAGGCACUGUCGGUGAUCCUGCGCUCCGUGCACAGCGCCGUCAACCACACGCCCACGCACCUGCUGAAGGAAAUCAUCCUGGUGGACGACAACAGCGACGAAGAGGAGCUCAAGGCCCCCUUGGAGGAGUAUGUGCACAAGCGCUAUCCUGGGCUGGUGAAGGUGGUUCGCAAUCAAAAGAGAGAAGGUCUGAUCCGAGCACGCAUCGAGGGCUGGAAGGCAGCCACAGGCCAGGUCACCGGCUUCUUCGAUGCCCAUGUGGAAUUCACGGCUGGCUGGGCCGAGCCAGUUCUCUCCAGAAUCCAGGAGAACCGGAAGCGCGUGAUCCUCCCCUCCAUCGACAACAUCAAACAGGAUACCUUUGAGGUGCAGCGGUACGAGAACUCAGCCCACGGGUACAGCUGGGAGCUGUGGUGCAUGUACAUCAGCCCCCCGAAGGACUGGUGGGAUGCAGGAGACCCUUCCCUCCCCAUCAGAACACCUGCCAUGAUUGGCUGCUCCUUCGUGGUCAACAGAAAGUUCUUUGGUGAAAUUGGUCUCCUGGACCCCGGGAUGGAUGUGUAUGGAGGAGAAAAUAUCGAACUUGGCAUCAAGGUGUGGCUCUGUGGGGGCAGCAUGGAAGUCCUGCCAUGCUCACGGGUGGCCCACAUUGAGCGGAAGAAGAAGCCGUACAACAGCAACAUUGGCUUCUACACCAAGAGGAACGCUCUCCGAGUUGCGGAGGUCUGGAUGGACGAUUACAAAUCUCACGUGUACAUAGCCUGGAACCUGCCGCUGGAGAAUCCAGGAAUUGACAUAGGUGAUGUCUCCGAGAGAAGAGCAUUAAGGAAGAGUUUAAAGUGUAAGAAUUUCCAGUGGUACCUGGACCAUGUCUACCCAGAAAUGAGAAGAUACAAUAAUACCAUCGCAUAUGGGGAGCUUCGCAACAACAAGGCAAAGGAUGUCUGCCUGGACCAAGGACCCCUGGAGAACCACACAGCAAUCUUGUACCCGUGCCAUGGCUGGGGACCCCAGCUGGCGCGCUACACCAAGGAAGGCUUCCUGCAUCUGGGAGCCCUGGGGACCACCACACUCUUACCCGACACCCGCUGCCUGGUGGACAGUGCCAAGAGCCGACUGCCUCAGCUCCUGGACUGCGACAAGGUCAAGAGCAGUCUGUCCAAGCGCUGGAACUUCAUCCAGAACGGAGCCAUCAUGAACAAGGGCACCGGGCGCUGCCUGGAGGUGGAGAACCGCGGCCUGGCAGGCAUCGACCUCAUCCUGCGCAGCUGCACGGGACAGAGGUGGACCAUCAAGAACUUCAUCAAAUAGCAGACAGAGCCCUGGAGGAGGCCACAGGGCACAGGACAGGCUGGGCGGGAGGAGCGGCAGGGGCUGCCCUCGAGCCGCAGGACUUUCUGGCCCGAGUGUUGUCCUGAGACCGUGCCCCCUGGCACAGCCUGGCCCCCUGAGACGAGGAGCACAGGGGGAGCCUCCGCCCCUCCGCGGCGCCUCCAACGCUGCUGACAGCAGGGCCCCUCCUCGUCCUCACCUUGUGCAGCAGCAGCUUCUGGGUUCCCACCUCAGCCAAGCCAGCCACACCCUGCCUGCCCCUCCUCAGAGGACACAGCGACAUCCCGAGACUCAGUUUCCUUCGAGAUUCCGCCUGCCCAAGACUUUCAUGCACUCCCCAAGGCUGCUGCCCCCAAAGCUUUCCAAGAGGUGUCCAUGGGUGGGCAGCGCUGGGACCAGCCUGGGAGUCU